GUAGUAUAGUCAUACUGAAGAAACAAGAGGACACAAAUUAGCUGAAAGGACUACUGUUCUGGCUACUGUUCUCUGAGAAAUUUCUGGGCUCACUCCAGGGGCCAGUUUAGAGUUCUAUUUCCCAUGUUGUCUCAAUUCCUUGAAGUUCCUUCACAGAUCCCAUGCAGUGUCUUCUCUGCUUGGCCUUCCUCUGCCCUCUAUUACACAUGUACCAUUUCUGACCUCACAAUCCUUUAACUGCAGCCCCAUACCCCACCCCUAGAGAUGCUGAACACCUUCAACCAUCAAAAGCUCUCUCCUGUCUGCCCAGUCUGGGCCUCUUUCAAUUUAUAAAUUCCAUCCUGCCCCCCUUCAAUCCUCCAACCCUAUGGGUGCCCUCAGGCCCCUGGGGCCACUAGAACACCUUCCAUCCGCAUGAUUCAUCAAGGAGUGAAGAAUGAAAUGACUUCAGUAGCAUGUUUAUCAUCAUCAAACAUGGAGACAACCAAGAGUUUCUAGUCAAUACCAAUUGCUCUGUACUCCUGCUGCUACAUUACACAAGAAGGAAAAUGGGAUUAAAGAAAACAGACACCAUCGACUUGUGUGAUGAAACGGGGACCAUGAAGUUACUCUUCCUGUCAAAGACACCUGGAGACUAUGCCAGCAAAUUCCUUACAGCUCGAAACACCUACUAUGUUUGUAAAGUAGAGCGUGGGGCACCAGGCAGAGGUACCAGGAUUGAGAACUCCUACAAAGCUAUUGUGCCCCUCCUGAAGAAUCCAGAACCUGAACUAGUUGAGUCACUGCGCACACAAUGUGACUUCCUGGAGAGGAGCCGAAUAAAGAUGCUUAGAACUCUAGAAGCCAAGAGACUGGCAGCCAUGGAAUCCUCUGUAAAUCUACCAGCAAGAUCUCCCAAGAGUGGUGGAGCUCAGCAGACCCCAAGCCCGAGCAGUCAACUGAAGGUUCGAGUACGGCUGACUCAUGUUAACUUAGUUUGUUAUUUUUCUUUUUUAUUUUUGAAGAUAGGGUUUCCCUGUAUAGCCCUACCUGUCCUGGAACUCACCCUGAAGACCAGGCUGGCCUGGAACUCAGAAAUCCGCCUGCCUCUGCCUCCCAAGUGCUGGGAUUAAAGGCAUGCACCACCGACCGCCCGGCUGUGAAUUUCCUUUCUAAAUUCGAUUUCUAUGUUCACCAUCGGAACCCAACCUGUUCUCUCCUUCCUUUGGCCCUAGACAGUAGGAAUCUUUCUCUGCAGAGCCUCUGCAUUAAUAUUUUUUCUAGUCUAAAGGUGGGCGAACAGAUGAAGAUGGGCCACCUCCCACCCGCAAACCAUUCUAUAAGACUAGAGCAGACUUUCUCAAGAGACAUCGUUAACUCAAUAAAGAAACCAAGUGAGAGCAGCACCAACCAGGAGAGUGCCUGAAAUUACUGGAAUUUAACUAACUUGAGGUUUCUUUUUCUAGAAAGAUUCCUUCUCCCAGCAUCUGCACAAAGGCUUCAGUAGGCUGCAGGCACCAGAGCAACGGAGGGCUGGAGCGAACACUUGAGGGGUGGGGGACGGUGAGGAAAGACUGUGAAGUCUAGUUGCUAGACUUUUAGUACAAUAAGCCUUUGAGGGCCAGAGCAGGGGGUGGGGUCUUCUCAAACCAGACUACCUCCCCUCGGGGGAGGCCUAUCUUGCAGCCGCCUACUCCUGCUGGGGUUAGGUGUCCCUCCCCCACCACACUCCAUUACCUCCCAGGCUGAAAUUCCCCCACCUCCCAGCCUGCGGGCAGUCCCUCCCACCCGCCCUUCGACUAACUGCCCUUCGCCUUUCCGCCUCCUUCCCUCCCCCAUAUUGGAAGGGGGGCAGCAAGGCAGCAGAAACCAGAAACCAGAUCUG